UGUUAUUGGAUGGGUUGGUUGGUUGGCUGUUGGCUGCCUGCUGCUCUCUCAAAGCUCUCGGCCCCACAGGCGCAAGCCGCCCCAAGUCUCGCCACCAGCCAGUCGUUGUUCUCCGUUCAGUCGGUCUCGUUUCUCUCCCUUUCGAAGAGGCUCUCAAAGUCGCGUCGGAGAAGCUUAUGUUUAUAACUAUUCCAGCAAGAAUUUCAAUAAUAAAAGUUAUCAAAUAGUUGUCUUAUAUUAAACUAGAAUAAACUCGUAUCUGAAACGCAUCUCAGCCACCAUUGGAACCCACCUGAAACAGCAACAACAACGAUAUCGCAAAACCGGUUACUUAGUUACUUACUGCGCACCUACCGAAUGCCAGACAGAGACAGCUAGUGUGUGCGUAUGUGAGUGGAGAAAAGUGUCUCCACCGGUUCGUGCGAGUGUGAGUGAGUGAGUGAGUGAGUGUCACUGUGGCCAUUGACGAUCCUCUCCAAAGCAAAAAAACAACUCUACACAGAGUGAAAAACCAACAACCUCCACAUACGCAUACGCACCGUGGUUCUGGCCUGCUGCUGCUGUACUUGUAACUGUGUGUUUUGGCCUUUUCGCGUCCGUCGCCAUGGCUGCCACCAGCAGAGGUGUGUGCAACCGAAACCGAUACUAAACCCAAAACUGUCGUCGGUGGCAGCAGCACUUGGCGCUGCAGCGCUUGAGUACACAACGAACGAACGGUCGUCGGCCAUACCACAAUCACAAUAUUCCGUGUGCUCCCAUUUCCCUUUACCUUACCCUCGUUCUCGUCUCGGUUCGGACCCCGCAGAUAAGCCAUAUAGGCCCCAACGCAUGGGGGUUCUUCGACUAAAAGCCCGCAUUGCAUUGCAAAAGUUGUGCAAAACAAAACAAAAAGUUAAACUAAACAAAUUGUGGUGGAAAAAGUGAAGACAAAAGUGAAGUGAAAAAACCCAAGUGAAAAAUACAAAUAAAACCUUUUAGAACAGAACAUACAAUAUGGAAUUGAAUCAGCAUUAAAAGAUCUUAUUGAAAUGGUUUCUAGCUAAUUAAUACAUAAGAAUCCCAAAAUAGACAGCAACAAAUUUGAAAUUUGAAAAUAAAGAAAGAUUCAAAGCCAUGCAAGAGGUCUGCAGCACCCUGGACACAACCCCAAUGGGGACGCAGAUCAAAUCGGAGUCUCCGCUCAAUCCGCUGCAGGUUCAAACGGGAGGACAAACAACACUCCCCGUGGGUGUUGGUGUUGGUGGCUUGGUGGGUCAGGGCACGCAGCAGGGUGCUCCAGCGGUGCCGGCGGUGAUGCUGGUCAACAAGAUGGCCUCGAACUGUGAUAAACGGGCCGCGGACACGGCCUACUGGAUGGCCGCCUCCGAGGGUGGCUUCAUCAAUUCGCAGCCCUCGAUGGCCGAGUUUCUCAAUCACCUGAGUCCGGAGAGUCCCAAGAUGGGAACACCUGUUGGAGGCGGCGGCGGCGUCGGCGUCGGUGGUGGUGUCAAUGUGAAUGUGAAUGUCGGCGUCGGAUAUCCGGUGGGUGUGGGUCCAAUGCCACAGACACCGGAUGGCAUGGACUCGGUGCCGGAGUAUCCCUGGAUGAAGGAGAAGAAGACAUCGCGAAAGAGCAGCAACAACAAUAAUCAGGGUGAUAACUCCAUAACUGAAUUCGUUCCAGAAAACGGCCUGCCCCGACGCCUCCGCACCGCGUACACGAACACCCAGCUGCUGGAGCUGGAGAAGGAAUUCCACUUCAAUAAAUAUUUAUGCCGCCCAAGGAGAAUCGAGAUAGCAGCCAGCCUGGAUCUAACCGAGCGACAGGUAAAAGUUUGGUUUCAAAACCGCCGCAUGAAACACAAGCGACAAACGCUCUCAAAAACAGACGAUGAGGACAACAAAGACAGCCUCAAAGGUGACGAUGAUCAAUCCGAUAGCAACUCCAAUUCGAAGAAAUCGUGUCAAGGCUGCGAACUGCCCUCCGAUGAUAUACCCGAUUCGACGUCCAAUUCCCGGGGACACAACAAUAAUACGCCCAGUGCCACCAACAAUAAUCCCAGUGCGGGAAGUCUGACACCCAACUCCUCUUUGGAAACGGGCAUCUCCUCGAAUCUGCUUGGCAGCACCACCGUAUCCGCCUCGAAUGUGAUCAGUGCCGACUCCAGUGUGGCCUCCAGUGUCAGCCUGGACGAGGACAUCGAGGAGAGCAGUCCCAUUAAAGUCAAGAAGAAAGAUGAGAAUCAGGUCAUCAAAAAAGAGGCAGUGUCCACCUCAUCGAAGGCGUCGCCCUUUGGCUAUGAGAGCUCUACGCCGAGUUUGGUCAGCUUUCGGCGGGACUCGGAUGCCGUCAUCGCCUCCGCCAAUCCUCCCCCAACAAAGGGCAAGAAACGUUACCAGAAUAAUGCCAAUUCUAUUGCCACGCCCACACCCCUCACCGAUAGUAAUAGUGGUGGAAAUGUUGGUGCCGGCGGCGGUGGAGGUGCCUCAGCUGGUGGCUAUUUCCCUGGCUACUAUCCUAGUCCAAAGCAACAAAUGCAACAGCAGCAGCAACUGCAUCCGCAACAGCAGCAGCAGCCACAGCCACAACCACAGGACUAUUAUGGCAAAUACGACAUUGAAUUCGCCGCCUCGCCACACCACAAUAAUCCGCACAAGCAGCAGUCGCUGCACGCGGGCGAGUAUCUCAGUCCCAAACCCAAUGCUGCCACAUUCCACCAAAACAGCCAGCAGCAGCAGCAGCACGAGCAGCAGUUUUAUUACAACUACAACGACGCCAACGGCAGUGCAUACAUGAACCACCAACAGCAGCAGCAGCAACAACACCACCACGUUGGUGACUUUGAGGCGCCACCUAUCAACGGACCGAGCAAUUUCAACAGUGGCUACUACGACAACAUGAGUUUUCAACAUCAAGCGCAGGCGCAGGCUCACCAACAACACCAGUCUGUGGUAUUUCAACAACAGCAGCAACACCAACAGGCUCCCAUUAAUCAUCAGCAACACAUGCAUCACCUGGGCACGGGCGAGGCUUAUAGCGCUCUUGGCUUGCAGAUGGAGAACUGCGAUGGCUACAAUAAUUUUGGAGGUCCAGGCAGCGCUGGCGCUGGUUCUGCGGGUGCUGGUGUUGGUGUUGGCUACUACGAGGCGGGUCAACAACCCCCUGUACCGCCCCACACGCACACGCACACCCAUCACCCCCACCAUCAUGUUCAGGUGCAGGCGCAGGCGCAUGCCCAUCUCCAUGCCCACCACAAUCCUGCCGCAGCAGCAGUCCAAGCGGGCGUGGGAGUGGGCGUUGGAGUGGGUGUAGGAGUGGGUGUUGUUCCUCCACCACCGCCGCCAUCGCAUAUCCAUGGCUUUGCACUGAAUGGCGGGGGACCGGCGGUCCAGAGUCAGGCUUUUGUCAGUGGCGGAGGCAGCGCCGGCGGAGCUGCUGCGAUCAGUGGCCUGGAGAACUCCAACAGCUCAUCGGAUUUCAAUUUCCUGAGUAAUCUGGCCAAUGACUUUGCACCCGAGUACUACCAACUCAGUUAGUUCGUGUAGGAAGAGGCGACUGUACAGUUCUAGCCUAAUUCCCUCCCCGGUUUGCCUGUCUGUCUGUAAGUGUGUAAGUGUGUGUGUGUAUCUGUGUUUCCCUUCGAUGUUGUAGCCACGUAGCGCACAUAUCUGUAAAUACUAUUCCUAAGAAUUAACCCUAAAGAGUUCUAUUCCAUCUGUACUUAGGAUAAAGAUACAUUUUGCUUUUGGCUAAAAGUCAAACACAAAAUUCUCCCAUUCAGAAAUAAAAGAAAAUCCUAGUAAACUGUAAAUAGCUAGAAAAAUUCAACAACUAAUCAAACUAAUAUUUAAAUACAAGCAAAGUCUCUCUUAAAACUAAGCAAAUCAAAUUAAUUUCUCAUUCUUUUGUUGAUUUUGUAAAUAUUUUAAAGUAGCUUAAAUCAAAAGUUUAUAAAUCGAAAUCAAAAUUUGAAUCCCUCCCCCGCGAUUCAAGUGCAAUUUCUCUUUCAAGAACUAUGAUUUAGAGUCUUAAGGAACACACUCAAUUAUUUCAAUGUUUGUAAUGUUUGUACGUUGCCUUUAAAUUUCCCCACUAUACAAAAAUACACUAUAACUAUUAAAUAAUUAAAUAAAUAUGGCUUAAAUAUACAUCUUUGUAAGGAGAAAGAAUAAAAACUA